UUAAUUUAACUAUUUACACUUUGAUUUAUUUUCUAGGAUGUUAAUUUAGUGUUAUUAUCAUGAAAAGUCAUAUUUUUACGAAGUUUGAAUAUAAAUCAACACUAUAUAGAUUAAAUAUUUUGUUUUCCAAAGAAAAUAUAGAAAUUUCCGUUUUUGAAUCCCUAAAAGCCUGGAAAGUAAAUAUUGACAAUAAAAUAUUAAAAGAUUUAUCAAUUAAAUAUGACACGAAUAUUACUGAAUAUUACAAGUCUCUAAAACUGAACUUUACAAAACCUCAAAACAACAGUAUAACAUUUGAAAAUAAUAAACUUAUUCUUUUCACCAACACCAAAGACGACCUAAAAAUCAAAGUUUUUGACUGUGAGCUAAACAAAGUAGAUUUUGGUGAGUUCAUUUUAAACCUUUGUGAUAAUUUACAUACUGAAAAGAGUAAAAUGUACGAUGAAGAUGUAGAAUUGGGAAAAAGAUAUAAUGAAUUAUUGAAAAGUAAAAUUGAAUGCACAGAAAAAUUAAAUGAGUUUAUUGAACGCAAAAAUAUCGAUGACGAAAAUUUAUUAAACAAAUUUGGUACAAUUUUAAAUGAAAAAAAGCAGAAAAUACAAUAUCUCACAGAAAUAAUUGAGUCUUUAAGUAAUGGUGCAAAUGAACCUGAUUCAAGUAUUGAGAAAAAGAAAAAUGUAAAAAAAAGAAAGAAAAAUGAAAGUGAUAGUGAUGAUUAAUAUUUUAGUUAUUUUUAAUUAUCACCCUUUUUGUAUACAUUAUUAAUAGGUA